GCGCCAGUCUAUUCAGUGGAGCGGCGUGUGUAUCACGCCUGCGCGAGAACCUAACCUUUCCAACGCCGCAAACAAAUUACAACCGCCGCGCGCGCAACAACCCCGACUCCAACCAACCCUUGUGUGUAGUGUAUUAACUAAACUGUGCUGUGUUUGUGCCCUGGGAGUAUGUGAGAAUACAUCACGUCAAUUGACACACAUAUCGGAAUAAAUAACGGUGCCCGAUCGGCUAGCUGAAAUCGAAGUGUUUUUAGUGUAUUUUAAAAAUCUGUGUACCGGAAUUUUUACGGACUCAUCAGUGCGAAGGUUCGAAUAUCGCAGUUGUGGAGCUCCGCUAAUACACUAGGUUCGAAUAUCGCAGUUGUGGAGCUCCGCUAAUACACUAGAAAUCGACUGCACAAGGCAUGUCUUCCUUUGAGCAUAUGCCGUUCCUUGGUAGAUUAAUAGUCCAAAUGUUGUUCGGUCUACAAUACUGGUGUGGCAAAACCUAUGGUCCGUUACGCGCAUGCGCGGCUAAAAAAUCCAGGAGGCCGUGAUCCCCGCCAUAAUAAAACAGAUUGUACAUUUUUACAUAAAAUAAACAUUUUAUUAUUUUAUUUAGAGCCGCUUUUAUUUAAGCGUCCUAAACUAUAUUAUAUUUCUGGAAUUUAUUUAUAGCGCGAACCAGAUAUAUGUCAGGAUACUUCGAUUCGCCGAUAAUUGCUGUUGCAUCGCCCAUCAAAAAAGAUGUCAGCCUCGAUUGCUUGAAUUCUCAUUUCAUGCCAAAUGCAACCAGCCAAGGUUCGAAUAUCGCAGUUGUGGAGCUCCGCUAAUACACUAGAGCGAUGUCGCGGUGGAAGGGGAAAGUGAGGUAGCCAGCAGAUGGCAGCAGUCAGCGCGGCGAUGUUCCGGCCUGGGGGCGGUCUCGACCCCUCAUGCUACGCCACACAGCGGAUAUACGACACUCCAGAGAGUACGAGGCCGAAGAAAUGGUCUUCGAAGUUGAAGCUAAACACUUCAGGAAGCGUGAAAUCUUCAGACAAAUCUCCAGACAGUCCAUAUAUGUAUGGGACACUAAGCGGGCCCGGAGGGUCAGCAUUAUCUAAAUCAAUGAAGUAUGCAGAGACUUGGCUCUACGGGUCCGUCAGGACCCAGACGCCCCCUGUUCGACCUAGCGUCUUUACGGCCUAUCCAGAAGUCGCUGGUCCUGUUCUUAUUAGCACCCCACAAAAACCAACACCACACAACUACGCUGUCAUUCUAUGUUCCUGUCCUGAGUACCUGAACGGUACAAAGAAAACCAGUUCAACCAAAGUCAGUAUAUGUAAGAAAUGCAAGGGAUCUCGUUUGCCAUUAACAAUAGCUGAAAGUCCGAGGCUACUUGUGGGUGGAACAGUCAGAGGACCACAAGUUAGUCGUGAUACGAGCUUGCUUAGGUCAGGAACAGUUCGAGUACAAGGCUCUAAAUCAAGACCUACAAUACUUAAGUCAAAUGGAGAAGCAGAUCCUUAUGAUUUAAUGCGACGCAGUAGACUAGCACCUCCCCACGAAGCUCGUAUUGGAAGUCAAUUCUCAACGACAAGAUCUAGAGCAAAAAGCAUAAGCCCUUGCAGGAUUAAAAGUAAAAAACCAAUUCCAGAAACUCUUAGCAAGAGUAGAAGCAAAUCCACGAGUCGGGUAAACGAAAUCUGGAUUGAAGAAGAUUCUAAUACUAUUGAGUCCAAGAAGUCAAUAUUGUCUUGCGAUAUCAACCCGUAUGAUUUGGUUAAGGCGAGUGGAGGCUCAAAAUCUCUGGCAGAAAUUGAAUUUGAUGAUGAUUAUUCGGAUGUUUUUGCAGAUUCAUUAAAAAAUAACAAAGGUACUCUUACUAAAUCUAAACAAGACUCUUGUGUCAAAGCCAUCAGUGGACAAAGGGUUAGAAUAUCCGAUGAGUCUAAAAAUUGCAUAGUCGAAGAAAUAGGGGUAUACGAUACGGUUAAUUAUGAUCUCAAAAAUUCAGAACUGAAAACGAAAGAAAUCCCUUCGGCGUUGUCGUUACGUAACAAUAAAUCUGAAAAUAAAAAAUUAUCAUUUAGUAAAAGUACAAGUAAGAAAAUUCUUUCUAUACCCACAUCGAACCGAACAAAACAAAAAAGUGUUUCUCCAAAAAGACCUCCCAGAAGGAUCAGAAAUGUGAAUAAGACAGACGAUGACAGCGAAAGUGACAAUCCACGCUUAUUAGAGAACAACAAUAGAAUCCCCAAAAAUAAGAAUUCAAAUAACGACACAAUUAAAUCGAUUUUAAAGAAGCCAAGAAAUUAUGAAUUAGAUGAAUCAUUAACCAAAAUCGAUACAUUUGAUGACACACCGGAACAUAAACGUGCAAAUACCACCCUUUUCUACUUACCAAUACCAAAAGAUAAAGGAACGAUCUCAAAACCUAGUACUAUUUUGCAAAGGAAACGUGUUCAAUUUUUGGUAGAGAAUGAUGAGACAAAAGUCAUUUAUACAGCUGAGCUGAAUCUUGAGCAAGAUAUUAUCAGGGAGAGUCCUGAGCAGUCACAAACGAAUACAGAAACUGAAGAUGAUGUAACAGAAGAAGGCGAUAUAGUGAGUCAGAGCUUGACUCCUGAAGUAAUUAGUCAUACUUUGACUCCUGCAAUAGAGAGUCAGAGUUUUACCGCCGAAGAUACCGGCGAAGCUUUAAACUCAGUUGAAAUAGCAGAACUGGAUAAAAUUGAAGAAGUAUUUGAAAAUGUUCAGAUCAAAGACGAUAGCACAGUAUCGGCAGAAGAAUAUAACACACGUGAAGAGAGCAAAGAUGAAAUAACUGAAAUUGUAUUCCAGAAAAAAGUCAAAGAAGAUAACAAUAUUCCGAAAAUUCCAGUGCUCCGAAGAUCUGAAUCUGAACGAUUGACUUCGACAAUAAUCGUCGACCCACCGAAGUUUUUAGAUACUAUGGCCCUUAGACCGAAGACUAGGCACGGUCACACCAGUCAAGUAUUUUUUACUUCUCCUGGAGAAAAUAACACAGCUAUUGAAUAUCAACACGAGAUUAAACAAAUAAAUGUUGAGUCAUCUAAAGCUACCGAAGAAUUUGAGUCAGGGAACUUAAGUGAUAGCAGUGAUAUAACGAGAAGUAUUCUGAAUAACUUGCGCCGUGGCAUAUCAGAGUCGCCAGAACCACCGCCUAGACAAAAAGUUAAGGAGCGAACUAAAUCUAAGAAGCACACGUAUGUAAAAACAAGAUUUGUCAGGAAUAACUCCAAUAGUUCUACGAGUGACGAAUGGUCGGACGCAAAUGAUUACGAACAAAAGACUAUAUUAAGAGUAAGACAAUUUGACCCAGAUUCUGAGAACGAAGAUCCUAGAACAGUAUCGAAUGCAACGAAAAUAGCUGAUAACGAACCUAGAAAAACAUCGAUUCAAAUAAAUGGAAACGAAUGUUAUUCAACAAUGAAUGUUAGCAGUGAUACUCCAAUUUAUCUUUCAUCUGUUGUUGUAAAUGAUGAUGGUGGCAAUACUUGUAACACGUAUCAAACAGGCACUACUGUAACAAUAAGUGUGGGGUCUCCUUUGAAAGAAGUGAAGAAAUCAAAAAGUCAAAUUUACAUUGGAGCGGUUUUUAGUCCGGAAAAUAGUAGUCAAGAUUUCAAUACGUACGAAGAGUACUAUGCAGAGAAUAAAUCGGCUGUGUAUAAUGACACCAUAACCCACGACAGUUCGUCUGAUAUUUCUUCCAUAUUGAAAGACCCUGUAGAAGCCGUUAGACGUAACUUAAUUCCUCAUGUUUGUGGAAAGAAAAACGAGGCUAUGAAAGAUGCGAACGAAGAUAAAUGUGAAUAUGACAACGAAACCGGAAAUGGAAAUUUCGUUUCGAAACUAUUUGACGAUCCAUUCUUCGGUCAUUUAGCUGAAGGCCUUGAUUCCGAUUUGGUAAAGAAGUUAAUAGAAAAUUCUUUGAUCAAAUUACAAGAAACGAAAAAUUUGGAAGGUAAUGAAAGUAAUGAAAUAACCAUUGAAAAAUUAAUUGAAAGCUCCCUUAAAAGUAUGAAAGAAGAAAAUGAUAAAUUAGUAAAUAAAGAGACGACGAAUGAAAUCAAAUAUCAGACAAGUGCCAACGAAGGCGAGUCGAAACAGAAUAAUAACGUCGACUCGUCCGUUUGUGAAAAUGACGAUAACGGCUGCUCUGCUCCCUAUGAAAGUAUGGAGUAUGAGAGCGGUGCUGCGGGAGUUUUUCCAGAUCAAGAACUUAUGUCAGAUUGCUAUAACGCCUCAGCGAGCGAAUUAUCCACGGAAGACGAUACAAAUUCAACUAGAUCGAAGUUUUAUCAAAUGUUAGUCGACGCUGCUCUUUGUGAAAUCGAAGUUGCUAAUAAUACGGACGAUGAUCAUCAUUAUGAAUCGAUACGUCUAAACACGGAUCCUAUUUAUGAGGAAAUUGGUGAUAUGCCACCACCGUUACCUGUAAACCCUCCACCGAAUUCACUGUUAAUACUUGACGAUGAAAAACGUAGUGGUUCCCGGUCAAUAUUUGAAGGGGCAUCGAAAUAUGAUAUUCUGUCGUACUUAGUGGAUGCUAAAGAAAGGGGUAUUGAUGACGAAGAAACAUACAUUACUAGUUAUGCCAAUAACGAAUCAAGCAAUUUACUAGAAGAAUCAAAAGAGAAAAAUUCUACAAACGAAAUUAUUGAAACGCGAUUGAGUAGUAACAACAGUCAACUUUCAAACGCCUCUGAUUCAAGUGAAGAUAACUCAUUAACUAUUCAUCACGAGUGCUUAGAGAAGACAGUACUGAGCAAAAAGACGUCAGCAGAAAUAGAAAGAAAUGAUUCAGGAGUUGGUUCAGAGACGAGUAAAUCUUCAAGAAGUAGGCUUCAAGGGAAAACCUCGCCCGCUAAUUCCAUGACACAACAAGAGGCGACUAUACAUCUUUGCGAAGAUUGUGACACUGCUGUUGAAACUCAAGUAACUGAACAAGGUUCUGUUUACGCUCCGCUAGUGUGCAGAAAAUGUGCUAAAAAAAGAUCCGAAAGAAAGGAGAUUAUCACUGAAAUAGUAGAGACUGAAGAAAAAUACGGUCGAGAUCUACAGAUUAUUUUAGAAGAGUUUUACAAACCCAUGUUAGUAGCUGGUCUUCUAACGCACGAACAGCUCAGCGCUAUAUUUUUAAACGUAGAAGAACUUAUUGAAAACAAUCAAGUACUGUCUGAGAAGCUGAGAGAUGGGCUUGAAAUUGCUAUGGAACAAGGAGAUGAGGAUUUACUAACGGUGAAUGUAGGUAAAAUCCUCCUGGAGUGUUCAGGGAUGCUAACAGCGUUCCAAUCGUACUGCGUAAAGCAAGCCGGUGCCGCUUUGCUAUUGGCCGGACUGGAGAAGGAGAAAGAGCUCCUGAGGAUAUUCUUACGCGUCUCUCAGAUGGAAAACACCGUGUUACGACGAAUGAAUCUAAAUUCGUUCCUUAUGGUGCCAGUACAACGCGUGACAAAGUAUCCCCUCCUUCUCUCUCGGCUUCACCGAGCGACAGCCUCCUGCGCCACCGAGCGGGAAGACGUGCGUUCAGCUCAGCGCUGCGUCGAAUCUAGGUUGGAAGAGAUCAACGCAGCCGCCGCAGCUGCAGCCGCCGCCGCCAGAGAUGUUCCUUUGUGGAGGAGGCUGGCUGCGGCUAGACGCACGGCCCACGACCUGCACGUAGCCGAUAUAAGGCUCAGGAAGAUGGCCGUCGAUGUGCUAGAUUGGAAUCACGAUGAUGCUAGGUUCGCAAUGGAAGGGAAAUUGCUCUUCACUCAACCGAACGAUAACAAUUGGAGGAAAGGCCGCACCAUCAAGUUGACGCCGAUCAACGCUCUCUUGGUAACCAACGGAAAGCCAACGAUAACCCACAAAACGAAUGAGAUCCGCGAGACCAGAGAAGCGAGAGACCGGGAAGCGAGAGAGAAAGAGGGGGAGACGCUGUUCGCUCGGAGCGGCGUGAGGGAGGCCGCCCUCCUCCUGGUGAGGGAGAAAGCGGGCAGGUACACGCUGCAGAGAGAGCCGUUAUUCCUCGACCGCUGUGUGGUGGCCGCUGAUCACGAGCCGGAACAUUUCUUUGAAGUACACGAAAUAACUACAAAAGACUCUUACAUAUUUAAGGCUGAAGAAAACACACGAACACGAUCAUGGUAUAGGCAGUUGCAGUACCACGCGCAAGGAGCCGGCGCUUGGAGGAAGAGGCGUAACGCACUCGCGAACAUAAUGAUCAACCCGAUGCUGACUAGAAAUUAAUCGAAAUCCAACAUGCCUUUGACGUAAGCCGUUAGUCAAAAUGACUCGUACGAAAUGACCAUGUUGAUAUCAGUUUUAACGUAGAAAAUAUCUUUAAAAAACAUCUAUAUUUCGACCUCAUGUCUCAAGGUGAGCUCACUUAAUACCAGAUUGAUCCGCUUCUGGCCAUCGAAAUAGGGUAUUUCGGUCUAAGAAAUUAAUGCGGUAUUUGAAAUUAUCAAUCCAUUUUCAAUCCAAACAUUCGUAAAAGCAUUUAAAUGUCUACGUUCCAAGUGAAGAAAUGUUAGACUUUAUUGCAUAUAAUUUAGCGAAUUCAGUGUAUUUUGUUGUUAAAUCCACUUUAGAAACAUCUUCCUUAGAAGAUUUUGAAUUCUGAUACAGCGAAAAUAAACUAUUUGUAAGAUAAAGCUUUAUUUUCUCCGAAAAUUUGAUAUCGUUAAAAUCGAUAACGGCUCGAUCUAAUUUAUCGCAUCGAUUUAUCCAUACGUGCAUUUUGUAAAUCGAUUAUUGUGUUAUUAACAUACCGUUUAAGACGACAUCUAAUGUAGUUCAAUUUUUUCAUUAUUUUCUUUCCGUGUAUAAUAAAAAUAAAAACGUUUUGCCACUAGUUCAUAAUUUUAGCUUUACACCAAAAUUUAGAUGAUUUAACAUUAUUACGUAUCCCUUAAAUAAAUAACAUUAAAACGAAUAAAUUGUAAAUAACUUUUGUUUAAUUAAAUAAUAGCUGUGAUAAUUUCAACGUUGAAAAUGAAAAAAAAAUGAUACAAAAAAAAUUUAUUUACAAUAAAACAAACGCUUCGUAACCGAUUCGGGUUUUGUAAAAUAUAUAAAUUUAUUAUUAUUAUUAUUUUUAUUGAGGAGUUUCAUUAUUAAUUUUGUUUUAAAUAAAAUGUAAUGUUAUUUAAUUUCCUGACUAGUCUUAAGAGAAUUACGUGUUAUAUUUAGAUUAUAUUAUAAAUAAUAUUUUUUUUGUUUAGAAAAAGACAUUCCUCUGUAUUUAUUGUAUCUAUCGUUCAGUUUUAGGACAUUUCUCGUUAAAAUCUAGUUUUUAAAUGUUUCUUUCUUGGCUUAUGAGUAUUUUUAUUGUAUUUUUUGUUCUUGUUAGUGGAGGCAAAAGGAAAUAAAUUGAAUAAAAAUGAA